GCGGAGUUGGACAAAGUUGACUUAUCUCUGGGGAACCAGUUUUGAACAGGCACCGCCGCACCGCGCACACGUUGAUAGUUUUUACGUGCGUUUUCUUUACUGCAAGAGAUAUUUAUUACUUUAAUAAAUAUCCAAACAAAUAAAUUACAAUUACUAUUUCCGGGUCUAAUUGAAGACGUAUUUAGUGUACAAGUGUUAAUAAGUGACCAUUACAAUGAACAGCUUAAGAGGUAUUCUCAAAUUGAACAAUGUGAACGCGGCUGCCAAAAAUACUUUGAUCCGUAGCCUAUCGUGCUCACCGAAAUUACAAUGCGACGCGGCACCGGCGCCACGUUAUCCCCUCACCAUGUUAUCGGAAGACGAAGUCAUGAUGAAGGAAACAGUUGCCCGAUUGGCAAAAGAGCAAAUUCUACCGUUGGUGAGAGAAAUGGAGGCGGAACACAGGAUCAAGGACUCUGUCGUUGAUAUGCUCUUCGAAAAUGGCGUAAGUUUCACUCAUAAACUAAUUUAGUACCCU